GCCAUCAUUUUUGACAUCUCCGACAUCUCAUAUAUUUUUCACGCACCAUCAUUGACACUGUCUGUAUAUACAAGAGUAGUAGUCCGUGCAGAGUAGUGAUUUGUUUUUUUUCCUGUUUUUGAUCCGUGUUCUGGCCUGUUAAUCAUGCCACAAAAUAGCGAAUGUGUUGUUUGCCUGGAACCACUGAUCGAACGGAUAAAGGUGCUACGGUGCGCUCAUCGAUUCCACAUCGACUGCAUAGAUCGGUGGCUUGCGAUAAACAACAGGUGCCCCACCUGUAGAGUUCCAUCGGGGGAAGCGAUAGCCCCCGCAGAAGUCAUAAUACACGAUGAGGAUGAUUACUUUGAGGAGUAUACCACCGAUGAGGAACAUUACACGGACGAGCUGUUUGGUGAUUAUUCCGAGGAGGGUGAGGAGUAUGAAAACGACCUCGAGCUCGGUUCGACGAUCGAUGAUGAAGACAGUGUUGGCGAAUCUGGUAGUGUUCACUAUAACAUUGAAGAGCAGGAAGAGGUGGACCAGUGGGGAGGACUGGACGUAGUUAUAAGCGAGGACGAAAGGAUCAACGAAGAAGACGUAGCUUUUUCGGAUGUUAUGAGUGAAGAAGAGUAUCUGGCAUGCCCACAAGAUGAAGAGAUAGAUGGAGUCUGGGAGGAACCGGAACAGAUCGACGAGUGUCACAUUGAAGAUAGCGGAGAUGAGUUCGUGGGGACACCGUCGGAUAUCGAAGAUGGCAUAUGGGAGGAAUCCUAUCCAGUUGAGGAGGUUUCUAUUGAAGAUAGCGGAGAAGAAAGCCUGCCAUGGAGUGAACCCGAGGAUGAACCGUACGAUGACAGCCAAGAUGUGUUCGAAGGGAAUGACUGGGACGAACCUGAUAUCGAGAGCUACGAACCAGAUUAUGAUAUUAUUAGUUAGGGUAAUAUUCGAUUUUUCUAUUUAUGUGUAAAUUUAGAGUUCCUUAUAAAAUAUGUUGAACAUAAAUUUGAUGCU